AUGCCUCCCAAGCGGAAAUCAACCACCGAGGCCGACAAUCCACCCUCCGCCACCGCGAGCCCCGCCAACUCAAAUCCCACCUCGACCCGCGACGCUCCCCUCAAGCGCCAGCGCGUCUCCCGCGCCUGCGACCAGUGCCGCGCCGCCCGCGAGAAGUGCGAUGGCAUCCAGCCACUGUGCUUCCCCUGCGUCUCGCAGAACCGCGCCUGCACCUACGAGGCCAACCCCAAGAAGCGCGGCGUCCAGACCGGCUACAUCAAGACCCUCGAGGUCGCCCUGGCAUGGCUCUUCGACAAGGUCCCCGGCUGCGAGGACUCCCUCGAUAACCUGCUGAUGCACGAGGGUGGCCAGGGCCAGAGCCUGCUGGUCGGCAAGGACUCGGAAAAGUCCAACCGCCUGCACAAGAGGUGGAGGAGGAGCAAGGUCCACAAGGGCAUCGACCGCAUCCUCUCGGGCGGCGGCGUCUCCCAGCCACGUGUCGAGUCCGAAGACGCCGACAGCGACGCCGAACAAGCCGACAAGGCGUCUCUCGUCGUCCGCGGCCAGACCCCAACCGCCGGCCCUGAGCCGCCUCCGACACACAUCGAUGGCCAGGCUGUACCAGACGCGCCAGGGCCCUUGCUACUACCACCCAACCAUUGGAGACUCAUCGAUAUCUACUUCAGCUACACGCAUUGCUGGUUCCCCAUCCUCGAGAAACAGGACCUCUUGAAGACGGUCUACCUGUACACCCCGGAGGGCAUUGACAUCCAGCGCAACAGUCCAGCAUCCGCCGCUCAUGCCGAGCUCUGGGCUGCCAUGGCUCUGGCCUCUUACCAGAACCUGUCAAGCGUGAAGCUUUCUGCCAACAACCCCUCUCUUGAUGAUAGGUACUCCCCGGACAAGCUCUACAACAUUGCCCGGACUCUCGUGCCUUCCGAAGAGGGCCAAUUCGAGAUUCAGCACGCCAGGGCAUUGCUUCUUCUGGCGCUGAUUAGUGUCGGCAAAGGCCAGAAGACGUGCGCCUGGAUACUGGUCGGCCUCGCUCACCGCAUCGCCCUGGAUGUCUCAGACCUCCAUCUGGGCGACGAGCGGUUUUCGCGGAGAGUGACAGCAACGCUCAUGGGGUGCUACAUUCUCGAUACCCUCAUUUUCGUCCAUCGCAGAGGCAUGCCCAGCCUCGAAACAGCAGGCAUACUCGAGGGAAUGAGUAUUCCAGAGGACAAUCUGGAUGAGUGGCAGCCGUGGGCGCCAUGCGAUGGCUUCGGCCAAGGCUUUUCCGGGCCGGCCACCCUUUCGCGAAGCCCAGCCUACUCAUUAACCACUUUCAACCAGCUUUACGACGUCUUCAAGUUUCUACGGAAACGUUCGGUGCAUAGACAGAACGGCCGUGCCCCGGAGAAUCCCGCAGAAGUAACGAUGCUCCUGCAUCAGACAAUAAAACCGCGCCUGCCUUUUGGCAACUUUAUAGUAGCUCGAGAUUCGAGCUCCGCCACCAUACCAUCCGCUUAUGUUUUAAGGGUCUUGUUCCUGUGGGUCAGCGCAUUGCUUAAUUCGGCAGAGUCGCCCUGUGCUCUCAUUCUAGAAUCCAUCGAGCAGUACCUGGCUCAGUUCGGCCCUUGCGGCGCACCAACCUUCUUCGCAACAUGCUUAGCCAUGCUGGGCCAGCACAGGAGCUUCGCCGACCUCAACUCACAGAGCAGGGAAAGGUGGCAGUCUAUCAAGGUCAUGCUGAUCAUGAUCUGGAGCCCCGCCGGGAACAGGCUUUCCAGCGAGCCCCGCCCAGGCUCUGCCGUCUCAAAUCCUGCGGGUGCAUCGAAUGCAUCCAUGGCCUCGUCAUUGCACACAUCCAAAAGCAUGCCGACGGGCACAACAACAGGCUUCAUACCAACGAACCGCCUCCAGACUCCGACACUUGCAUCAAAACACCGCCCAAGCACAUCCUCUUUCAUGAUGGGCCAAUUCUCCCCAUCCGCACAGCCAGCCCUCAACCAGACGGGCAGCCCACAGGUGAACAACGCGAACAUGAACGCAAUGGACACCAAUACUAUCAUCCACGGCGGCCACGGGCCGCGGAACAUGGGCCAACAGCCCCACGCCAACCCAGGCGCCGCGCACCGCGGCAGCUUCGGCGGGGCCUCACUAGACUACGAUGCCAUCCUGGACGACCUGUCGUCCAUGGACUACAUAGACCGCGUCGACGCGGACCCGCAGUUCAUGGCCAACCUGGGGUUCGCCCCGGGUUGUGAUAUUUCUGAGAUAUUGAACCGGGAGUUCGGGGCAAUAUGA